AUGGAUCUGAAGACCUGGGCGGCCUCUCUGGCCUCGCGGGGGCAAAAGCUCGCGCGCGACGGCAUGACGUAUGUGAACCAGCGAAUUGAUAAGCAGAGUCUUCCUCACUCCGUCUCUUCGUUUUUCCAGGGCGGCGCGGGGACUGGGAUCUCUGGCGAGUUCGAUGCCUUCGCCUCCGCCUCGAAUUCGGGCCCUGCGGCUCCCCCCUGUCUCGUCUACUACUCGAUUCAGAAUGAACUGUCUCCGCCCCCCUUCCCGCUCUCUUCCUCCUCGAGCGCCAGUCUCCCCCCCGCGGACGCUUCUUCGCCGUCUGUCUCGAUCGUCAACGCGUUUCUGCUGCCAGACGGCCUCCUCGCAGACGCCGUGAGCCUCUCGCUCUUCGCGGCGCUUUUUCCAGUCCCUGGGCACUUUAGCUUUCGGUUCAAAACUCCAUCCGACGCCUCCCCCGCGGGAUACGUGUGGCGUCACAUGUCUAGAGACGAAGAGGACGCGUUCGUCCCGAGCUUCCACGGCUCCAUUGUGUGCCGCGCUCUACAGAUUCCCCCCGAGGCGAACGUGCCAGCCGAGGCCUGCUUCGCCGUCUACUCCUGCGCGUCUGCGCCCUCUGCCUCUUCAUGCCGAAAACCCUCUCCCCCCCCCUCCUCUCCCUCUCCCUCCCCGUCUCCCUCUCCCUCUCCCUCUCCCUCCCCCCAUGCCAGAGUAGCCCACCCGGCCUCCUCGGGCGCCAGCGACAGCCCCGGGCUUCAGGGACCGCGGCAGGCUCCACCAGGCGAUUUUUCGGCGUCUCCGCUCAGAGCCGCCUCCGCGGCCUCCCCCGGCGCGAGUGGGGAGGCGUUCGACUUUUGGGGAGGGGGCGGCGGAGACGCGGCGAAGCGCUCAGAGGCCAGCGUAGGUCUCUUCUCGCGUGCGGAGAGUCCGCCGGCUGCUGGUGUCGCUUUCGCGAGCGGAUCCGGCACUCCCGGUGCGCUGCAGAGACCGAGGCCUGCGGCGGCAGCCAAAGUUGAAAUGCCCAAGCGCGAAGAACUUGUCGCCGACCGCCUCGCCCGCACCGAGUCGCGCAUGCAAGAAAAACUGCAGGAGGCCCAAGAGAGACGCCAGCAGGAGAUCAGUCGGCAGCAGGAGCGGCUAGCGAUUCCGGACCAACUGCAGCAGCAACUCCAGAAGUGGGCGAAGUCGGCCGACGGGAAAUACAAAGACAUUCGCACGCUCCUAUGCACCGUACAUGAGGUGCUCUGGCCAGGCGCAGAGUGGGAACCAGUGUCGAUUAGCACUCUCAUGAUUUCUUCUCAAGUGAAGAAGCACUACCGGAAGGCGCUCCUCCUCACGCACCCAGACAAACAUCAGUCCUCCUCUGCUGAGCAACUCUUUCGAGCGGAAAAGAUAUUUCAGGCUUUCAACGAGGCGUUCAAAGUCCAUCCCCUUUGA